AGUGCAGUAUCUAGGACCACAGGCAUGUGCCACCACCCCUGCCUGUCCCUGCCUCGUUCUGCGUGUGUGUCUCUGCAGUUCUGCCUGACGUUAGAUCUUUGCCCCAUUUUUGCCUCGAUGUAUUAGUGGUGUCUCUUGUAUCAACGUCUCCCCCUUUCAUCUCUCUCACUUUCAGUUCCUCUCAGCUUCUGGGCUUUAAACAUUCUUUCCCUUCCUCACCCCUGGCCCAGAGGGUUCUCCCUUUGUGUCUGUCCUGCUAUGUGACUAGUCAUUUCCUGGCCAGAUGUUUAUCUCAUGCUGCCUACACUCUGGUUAGAAUCCAGAGUAAAUAGUGAAUUAAUGAACCUGUCUGGAAUGUUCAUUCCAGAAGUGCCUGUCGUGUUCUGUCACUGUCAUUUUCUGUCAGUUUCUUGUGCACUUACCUUCCACUAUAUCAACCCCACUGUUUUUUGUGUCUCUGCUUAUAUCUCUGCUUUUUCUCUGGGCCUGGGUCUGUCCGACUGUAACUGUUGAAAGGUAGCCCCCUCCUCACUCCUGUUACCCUGCCCUAGCCCGCUAAUUACCUAUCUCUGACUCUGCUUCUCUGGGUCUCUGCCUUGCUUUUUGUCUAAGUCUAUUACUAAUCCCUUUGCACAUCUCUGGGCCUCUGGUGGCUAUGUUAGGGUCUCUGUUUCUGCAGCUAAAGGCCUCCUGCUCCACCCGCUUUUAUUUUAUAAACUCAAGGGAUGGGCCAGGCUCACUGCCCUCAACGAAGAAGGCAUCACCAACGAUGUCUGCAGGGGUGUGACGCCACCUUGGCUAUGCCGGUGCCCUCACUUACGAUGGCGGCUGGCCUCCAGAAGCUCUGCACCGCCCAGUUCUGGCGCUCCCUCCGUAGCGUAGUGGGACCCUACGCGAACUCGCAAGUCGUCUGGCCCCGCCUCCGCACGCUCUCAUUGGUGCGGCACAGGCCGGCCACACGGCCAUUGGCUAAGCAGAUGCACACCCUCCCCCCACCCCUAGGUCUAGUUGGGGCUGCCGUGAGGACUUGAGGGGCCGCCCGGAGGAGGACCUGAGACCGGAGUAGCAGGUGACCAGGAGUUGGGGCCACAGGCCUAGGAGAGCCCUGGACAGGGCUGAGGCCAUGGCCCCCCCACCAGCACCACUGGCUGCCAGCACCCCGCUCCUGCAUGGCGAAUUUGGCUCCUACCCGGCCCGCGGCUCACGAUUUGCCCUCACCCUCACAUCCCAGGCCCUGCACAUACAGCGGCUGCUCCCAAAGCCCACGGCCCGGCCCCGGGAUGGCCUGGUCCCCCUGUCCGUGAUCUCAGGCUGCUGCACCCUGCGAAGCCACAGCCCCGCAGACUCAGCGGCCUACUUAUGCAUCUAUACCUACCUGAGGGGCCGCCGCGGGGGCCGCCGCAGAGCCGCCCGCACCUUUCAGGCCGAUGGGGCUGCGACCUAUGAGGAGAACCGUGCAGAGGCCCAGCGCUGGGUCGCUGCCCUCAUGAGUCUGCUCCGAGGAUUACCCCUGCCUGGGGAAGGGGAGAUCAGCCCUGAGCUCCUGCCACGGCCACCCCGGUUGCUACUCUUGGUCAAUCCCUUUGGGGGACGGGGCCAGGCCUGGCAGUGGUGUGAGAACCAUGUGCUGCCCAUGAUUUCUGAAGCUGGGCUGUCCUUCAACCUCAUUCAGACAGAACGACAUAAUCACGCCCGAGAGCUGGUCCAGGGGCUGAGCCUGAGCGAGUGGGAUGGCAUCGUCACCCUGUCAGGAGACGGCCUGUUAUGUGAGGUGCUGAACGGACUCCUAGAUCGCCCAGACUGGGAGCAGGCAGUGAAGAUGCCCCUGGGGAUCCUCCCCUGUGGCUCGGGCAACGCGCUGGCUGGAGCUGUGAACAGGCAUGGGGGGUUUGCACCAGCGCUGGGCCUGGACCUGCUGCUCAACUGCUCCCUGCUGCUCUGCCGGGGUGGCAGCCACCCACUGGACCUGCUCUCUGUGACGCUGGCCUCGGGCUCCCGCUGUUUCUCCUUCCUGUCUGUGGCCUGGGGCUUUGUGUCAGAUGUGGACAUCCAGAGUGAGCGCUUCCGGGCCCUAGGCAGAGCCCGAUUCACUCUGGGCACAGUGCUGAGCCUCGCCACGUUGCAUACCUACCGUGGGCGCCUCUCCUACCUCCCCGCCACUGUGGAGUCCGCCUCACCUGGUCCUGCCAAUGGCCUGCCCCGGGCCAAGUCGGAGCUGGCCCUGGCCCCGGCCCCGGGCACAGACCACUCCCCUCUGCACCGCUCAGUGUCUGACUUGCCCCUGCCCUUGCCCCAGCCUGCCUUGACCUCUCCCGGCUCCCCUGAUCCCUUGCCUGUGUUGUCCCUCAACGGUGGGGCCCCGGAGCUGGCUGGGGACUGGGGUGGCGCUGUGGAAGCCCCACUGUCCCCAGACCCACUCCUGCUCUCACCCUCUGGCUCCCCCAGGGCAGCUCCACUCUCUCCUAUCACAGAAGGACCCCCAGAAAUGCCAGCAGCCUCUGGGCUUCCACCCCACACCACUACUACACCAGUAGCCUCUACUAGAGGCCCACAGGACCACUUGCUGCCUCCGUUGGGCACCCCAUUGCCCCCAGGCUGGGUGACAGUGGAGGGAGACUUUGUGCUGGUGUUGGCCCUGUCUCCCAGCCACCUGAGCGCCGAUCUGUUGGCGGUUCCCCACGCGCGCUUUGACGACGGCGUGGUGCACCUACUGUGGGUUCGGGCCGGCAUCUCGCGGGCCAUGCUGCUGCGCUUAUUCCUUGCCAUGGAUCGCGGGAGCCAUUUCAACUUGGGCUGCCCGCAGGUCGGCUACGUUCCGGUCCGUGCAUUCCGCCUGGAGCCACUCACGCCCCGCGGCAUGCUCACAGUAGACGGGGAGCUGGUGGAGUACGGGCCGCUGCAGGGGGAGAUACACCCGGGCCUUGGUACGCUGCUCACGGGACCUCCUGGGUAUGCCGGGCAGGGACCUUGAGCCUGCGGGUAAUGCGGCAGGGACAGGACUUGGCUACCUGGCGUGGCCUGGCUGCUAGAGUUGGGGCGGUCACCCCCUAGUGCGAGAGUCCAGCACCCACCACCAGAGAACUUGAAGUGAUGCUGCAGGGUGGCCCGAGUUCCAGGCUCAUACCCUCGGUAGUGCCUGACGGGAAAAUCGAAUUUGUUCUGCUGUUGCCGAUGCGACCCUAAGCAGGUCCUGCCUCUACCUCGCAGCAGGUCGGGGAGGCAGAGGGCGGAGCCUGCCUCACACAACAAGCAAUGACCAACGUGGAAUGUACGUGCUUGAGGUGGGAGGAGCCUUAGCUAAUUGGCCAGGCAGGACCGGGUCUUACCCUAUCCCCUCCGGAGCCUCCACCUAUCUGGCCAAUCAGCCUAAGAGGGGCGGGUCCCCACAGCCGUAUCUCGGAUUUGCACUAAUAUCCCUUCUCCCAAGAGAGUGGGGGUGGGGGAAGAGAAUUCACUCUUGUGCGUCCUCCAUCCCCAGUCCAAAAAGCAACUGAAAAGGUCUAUGCAAUAAAGGCAGUCACUUCAUUCCUAGA